AUGGACCCCAUUGAUAAAGAAAAACUUGCUGUCGAUGAAGGAAGUAACUCGUCGCACAUCGAGUUCUAUGAUCCUUCAAAGGAGUCAAUAUGGACACGGCUAGGUGUAUCGUUCGAGAGCUUCAAAAGAGCACCCGGAGGAACGGGCUCUCAAGUCAUCUCUGGUGAUCUUGCUCCGGAGGAAAUCGAGAAACUCAAAGCAGAGGCCCCCAUGUUACAAGCAAAAAUGAAGCCUCGGCACUUGAACAUGAUUGCGGUCGGCGGAGCAAUCGGGACAGGUCUCUUCGUCGGCUCAGGUUCAGCCCUUCGCGUUGGGGGGCCCGCCGCAGUCUUGAUUGCGUGGAUUUUAAUCGGGCUAAUGAUGAUUAGUGUCACACAAGCGAUUGGGGAAAUGUCCAUAUUGUAUCCUGUAUCCGGAGGUUUCUACAUGUUGGCCAACAGGUUCCUCGACCCGGGCUUCGCAUUUGCCAUGGGCUGGAAUUACUAUUUGCAGUGGGCCUGUGUUUUGCCGCUAGAAAUUACUGUUGCUAUCACUACAGUCCAAUACUGGACCCGCGCAGUACCUGUUGCUGCCUGGGUUACAAUUUUCAUAUUCCUUAUCGUGUUCCUGACCGUUUUUGGCACCCUUGGAUAUGCCGAAGAAGAGUUUUGGGCAUCGUGCUUGAAACUCAUUGUCGUAACGAUGUUCGUCCUGAUUUCAAUUGUUUGCGUUUGUGGCGGUGGACCCAGUAGCGGGCAGUAUAACCACUACACAGGCGGUCAUCUUUGGCAUGACCCCGGAGCGUUCUCUCAUGGCUUUCACGGGCUUUGUGGAGUGUUCGUGACGGCGGCAUUCUCGUUUUCAGGAACAGAGGUCGUCGGUCUUGCUGCCAGUGAAACACCGAACCCCCGUUCUACCAUGCCAGGUGCCGUUAAGGGUACUUUUUGGCGUGUCACUCUGAUCUAUGUUACAUCCCUACUCAUGGUGGGCCUUCUGAUUCCCUAUAACGAACCACGACUCUUUGGUGCCAGUGAUGCGUCUGCUUCUCCAUUCGUGAUCGUCCUUGACAAUGCAAACAUUCAUGGGCUUAACCACCUUGUCAAUGCCACCAUUUGCGUGUCUGUGAUCUCGAUUUCCCUUUCAUGCGUAUAUGCUGGAUCUCGAACCUUGACUGCCCUGGCUGAAAGUGGUUACGCGCCGAAAAUUUUUACAUAUGUUGACAAAUCUAGCAGACCGUUGUGGUCGGCCAUUGUGACAAUCCUGUUCGCUCCCAUCGCUUACGUCGAUGUCGCGACGGCGAGUUCCGUCGUCUUUGACUGGUUGACCGCUGUUUCGGGGCUGUCCGUGCUCUUCACCUGGGGUGCCAUAUGCUUGUGCCACAUCCGAUUCCGAAGGGCAUGGAAAGUUCAAGGUCACUCUCUCGAAGAACUCCCUUUCACAGCUUUGGGGGGAGUUUGGAGCUCGUAUCUAGGGCUCGUCCUUAUUGUCCUAGUCUUCAUGGCUCAGUUCUAUGUUGCCUUGUUCCCCGUUCCAGUCAACGGGCCUAUCAAUCCCACUCCCAAGGAAAGAGCGGAGAGCUUCUUCAAGGCUUAUCUGGCCUUCCCUGUCAUCAUCUCAUUCUGGAUCUUCGGCUAUCUUUGGAAGAAGACACGUCCCAGGCGUGCCCAUGACAUCGACCUCGACACUGGACGAAGAUCUUGGUACACAGUCGAGCAAAUGAGAAAGCACCAUGCCGAGCGCGCCCGGGCUCCGAUCUACGUGAAGGUUUUCCGCCUCUUGUUCUCUCAUUGA